CUGAACAAGCUGAUCCGCACGUCCCUGGUGGAGUCCAGCCACACCGUGGAGAUCCUGCAGCGGGACCCCAACUCCCCGCUCUACUCCAUCAGAACCUUCGAGGAGCUGCCCCUGAAAAAGGAGCUCUUGCAGGGGAUUUACAUGAUGGGCUUCAACAGACCAUCCAAAAUCCAGGAGACAGCUCUGCCGAUCAUGCUGGCAUACCCGCCCCAAAAUCUGAUUGCCCAGAGCCAGUCAGGGACAGGGAAAACAGCAGCUUUUGUGUUGGCCAUGCUGAGCAGAGUUAAUGCCACCGAGAAAUACCCACAGUGCCUCUGCUUGGCUCCUACCUACGAGCUGGCGCUGCAGAUCGGGUGCGUGAUCGAGGCCAUCGGGCGGUUUUGUGCCGACAUCAAGGUGAUGUAUGCGGUCCGGGGGAACCGAGUCCCACAGGGCACUGUGCUGAAGGAGCAGAUCGUCAUUGGGACGCCGGGAACGAUGCUGGAUUGGUGUUUCAAGCGGAAGGUCGUGGACGUGAAGAAGAUCACCCUCUUCGUGCUGGAUGAAGCAGACAUCAUGAUCGACACGCAGGGCCUCUCCUGUCAGAGCAUCCGCAUCCAGAGGGCUCUCCCCAAGAGCUGCCAGAUGCUGCUGUUCUCAGCCACCUUCAAGUCAACUGUGCGGGAGUUCGCCGUGCAGAUCAUCUCCAACCCCAUCAUGAUAAAGCUGCGGGAGGACGAGCUCACCCUCAGCAACAUCCGGCAGUACUUCUUUGUGUGCAGGAGCAGGAAGGAGAAGUACGAAGCUCUCUGCAACAUCUACGGCAGCAUCACCAUCGGCCAGGCCAUGAUCUUCUGCCAGACGCGGAGAAGCGCCGACUGGCUGGCAGUGGCCAUGACCCACGAUGGACACCAGGUUGCCAUCCUGACAGGAGAGCUGACGGUCGCCCAGCGUGCCAACGUCAUCCAGCGCUUCCGCAGCGGGCAGGAGAAGGUCCUCAUCGCCACCAACGUCUGUGCCAGAGGGAUCGACGUGCAGCAGGUCACCAUCGUGGUGAACUUCAGCCUUCCCACCAACCAGCAGGGAGAGCCCGACUUCGAGACCUACCUCCACCGCAUCGGGCGCACGGGGCGCUUCGGGAAGAACGGCAUCGCCUUCAGCAUGGUGGAGAGCCAGGACGUAGUGCUUGUGGAGAUGAUAGAGGAGCAUUUCCAGACCAGGAUCAAGCAGCUGGAGCCGGGCGACAUGGAUGAGAUCGAGAAGCUUGAAAACUGA